UUUAAUGGUGUCGCCCGCAAAACUCAAUGCAUUUUCCGCCAGACUGCUGGCUCUAGCUAGCAUUUCAUAUUCCCGACGGUCUGACCGUUUCGGCGGAAAAAAUAUUGGACGGCUGGACUGGUUUGGAAGAGUAUUAUUUUGUCGCAAUUCAACUUGAUUUCAGACUUCAAUACUCCGCACUCUGUGAUUAGGACUUCUAUUAUUUUGCAAUCAGCCCGAUCGAGAAGUUCUGUUCCCGCAUUCAUCCCCUUUCCUUCACCAAGGAAAAAGGAGAAGAGAUCCAUCAAAAUCGCCCAAGUCCUUUUUUUCCUUUCACAUUUCUUUCUUUGGUGCCCAAUUCCAAUUGGCGGUGUCCCCACGCCAACGACAAAUUUUCAAUCCGUGUUCCAAGACCCACAGGUCCCUCGGUCUUCUGCCUGGCCUUUGCAAGAAGGCAGAGGACACACGGAACCGAAGGAUUUCUCCGGGGCAAAAUGACUCCUCUCCUCUCGAGCCUUCACACAGAGGAAGGAAGAGGAAUAGGAGUCAUGACCAAGAACGAACGAGGAAUAGCGCCGGCGUUCCUUACAGAGAAGGAAAAGCAGAUCCAGCCGGAGAGGUUCAAGUUGGUCUUAAAAAGUUAUUCGAACAAGACCAAGCUCCCAGUGUGUGAGUGUCAUCCUUGAGCUCAAAAUCUACAAGAAUACGAAAUCUGUGAGGUGAAUUGGACCAAGGAACCCCAGGGAAAAGAAGAGAGACCUUAAGCGGCCUUAUGAAGUGAGCAAUAAAUCAUCUUGUACUUCCUGGAACUCGAGAGAUCCUCAUUGAGGGCAACUUUGACACCUUGGCAUUGCUAAGAAUGUGGAUAGAGUAGACAUUUGAGGGGUUCCAAUUUAAGGCUUGAUACAGGACCUUGUUGAACAAUGGCAUCGCGGAAGCCUCCAAGUGGAACACCCUGAAACCUCAGAGCUUGACUAGAUACUAAGAUACUAGAAACCCUCCCAACUUGUUUGUGGAACACGUCCCAAGACGAGCAAAUUAGUCCCAUCUCUUGCGCUUCGGGAAGGUUGUGCUUCUUGAUCUGGAUGUACUUUGCUCCCCUGUGAUUUCAAGGGAGAGGCUUGUGGAACAUCAUGGCCACCAGUUUGAGAUACAGUUCCAAUCGGUUCCAAAUGGCAAUGCUCAGUCAUCACUUACUAACCACUUUCAUCAUCUCGGUUUAUUUCCAUCCCGCUCUUCAACUUGCAAAUCCUGCGCACGAAUGGCGAUCAGGGAAUGAUCUGAACAAACUCUACGACUCGGCCACUCCCAAUCCGACGGGAUCUCUGUCAGGACCGUGGUUUGAUAUGCCAGAGCACGUCAAUAUCACAGCCAGUAAAAGCAAAACCACUCACCUGGUGUGCCGAAUCAAGAACCUGGGGAACCAAACAGUUUCGUGGCUUCGCCACAGUGAUACCCACCUAUUGACCACUGGUUUGUACACCUUCACUCCAGAACGGCGGUUUUCAGCCAUUCACCGAUCUAGCUCUGAAGAUUGGGUACUGGAAAUCCGGAACGUUCAAUUGGAAGACCAAGGAAUCUAUGAAUGCCAGGUCUCCACCACUCCUGUGAGGAGUCAACUUAUUGCCCUACACGUAGCAGAACCGGUGAUCACCAUGCAAGGAGGGCCUGAGUUGCACAUCAAAUUCGGUUCCCGUAUUAAUAUCUCUUGUGAGAUAUCCAACUUUCCCAAACCAAUCACCUAUAUUGUAUGGUAUAAGGAUGACAAGCCUUUACUCGAAUCCGACAGGAUACUUAUCAGUCUGGGCAAGUCCAAAGAAGAGCAGUCAACGUCCACCUCCACGACCACGAUCCCUGUGGAAUCUCAAUCUGAAAAGUUUUCCAUGCCCAUGGAUGGAACCUCCUCGUCCUUGUCCUCUUCAUCGUCGAAGGUCACGCAGAUCCUGGGUCAAAAUCCCACAUCUGGGACUGAGGCGGCCAAUAACCAAGGCCAAGGAUCGAACGGAGGCAGGAAUCGAAGCAAGAGGAAGAUGCUUGUCACAUCGUCGUUGUUGGUGAAAAUGGCGCGAUCCUCGGACACGGGCAAUUACAAAUGCGCAUCUGAAGCGGGGGAAUCCAAGCCCACUUCCAUCCAUGUCAUUACGGGUGAAACCCGAGCUGGUUUGCAGGUGAAUAAGGCCGCCCCAAGGCUCUCUGGGUGCGUGCUCAUCACUGGGGUUCUGGCCUUGAUCAUCACCCGAUGUGGAUCCAAUUGGCCCAGGUUGAAUGAUCCUCUUUUCCAAUGAGUCCACAUGGUCAAGCUGGAAAGGUCCAAUCCAAUUCGCCAGCCUUGAAGGCUGACCCAAUGCUGAUGAUGGUUCAUGGGUGGAAACAUUGGCUCUCGCUUCACAAAAAAACACGGAGGCGAAAAAAAAGCCACCAUUGUUACAAAUGGUGGCAGAUGUGAGAACCAUGUUCUCCAUUCGCCUCGGACUCACUCAGCUAAAGGCCGCUUUUCGGAGGCCUUUCUUUAUAAUACUGUUUGAAAUUGGCCCACCGGCUACGGACCCAAAAACUUAACGAGUGGAACAAAUCAAAGCCCAAGAUUGGCUACCAACACAAUGCGGUUAUAUAGACGCCAUUUCUUGCUGACCUCGUGUCGAGGUUGGCCAGUUUCAUGUUGUGGUAAAUCCGAGUUGAUGGAACAAUGCAACAAUAUCCGCCAGACGACCGAACAAACGAACAAACGUACGAUGAAGAGAAAUUGCGCGAGAUGAGGGAUCUGGAUAACGAACAAGAUGACGAUUAUGAUGAUGAUGGAUCAAAAUGACUUAGCACCAGGUUUCUUUGAACACCAGCAGCACAACCGAUUGGUAAUUGUAUCUAUCCCAUCUAUUUAACUCUCUGGGAUGCAUUUAAAAACAUAUGAAGCACAUAAUAACAUUCAAUAAAGUUCCUUCUUCCAA